AUGACAGUCAGCAGGAGCUCUGUCCCUCUGCUUUGUCUCUCUGUGGCUUUCUUCCUUGUCGGCCCGUGUCAGUCGGGCUGCCGGGAAACAGGACAGUGUUGCCCCGGCCGGGACCCGUCCUGCUCCAGCAAAGGGUGGAGGUCCGACCGCACCUUCGGGACCUGCUACUGUGACCAAGCCUGUGUGUCCACCCUGGACUGCUGCCACGACUAUGAUUCAGCCUGCCCAGCACUGUCCUGUAUGGUGAGCGAGUGGACAGCAUGGUCAGGCUGUGCUGAGCCCUGCAGGGCCACAGUCCGCAGGCGGAGCAGGGCCAUCCUGCAGGGGCCCCUCAACGCAGGAACACCCUGUCCUCACCUGGAGGAGCACGCCGGCUGCGCAGAGUACUGGUCUCAGCAGGGGAACUGUCCCAACCCACCUGUCCCAGCAUUGAUUAUCUCUGGUGGCUAUGGCAACGCCAGGAAGAAAAGAGACAUCCCUGACAGCAGUGACAUCACAGGGUAUUGUGUCCAGUUUCAGUUGACCUCUCUGACUAAAGGGUGCCAGCAGAGCUCGGGCCCACACACUCAGUGGAUGCAGCACCUGAGGGAGGGGCACCGUGUGUGUGUCGAGUGCCAGCCGCCCGCUCUCUCUGCUGGACAGACACACUGUGCCGGAGAUGGAGAGGAAGACGACGGGGGAAGAAGACAGUCACUCCAGUGGCAGGCGGUGGGAAACCCUCGAUGCAGGGGUGUGUGGAGGCGUGUGGGGAGGAUGGAGGCCUGCUCCUGCCCAACAGCCCACAGCUUCCUCUUUAUAUAACAUCCUCCUUCCCUCUGCUAUCCUGUACACAUCUUCUCAGGCUCAUGUAUAAAGAACAAUCUGCCAGAAUAAUAAACCGGUCCUGUUAAAGAGUUCUGGUCAAUGCUCAGGUGUGCCUUCUUCUCCAGAUGAGUGCAACUUCAUGUGGAUGUUUUAUUAAAAUGGCUGAAUAUGUGCCGAUGAAAAUUGCUAAUUCGAAUCAGACUCCAAUGCAUUUGUUGUCCUGACUGCUCAACAAAGAUUUUAAUAAAACAUAUUUUUAUUUUAGUUUGCAUCAACAACAGCAAAUGAAAAGCAAAAAAAGAAAGUCAGAAAUCCUAAUCAAAAUGUAAAGUGAUCUGAUUUAUUUCAUUCAAGGGAAAUGUUGCUUUUGUUGAGAAAUAGAAAUAUCUUGGGACAUUGAGACACUUUUUUAACAUGACAAGUACUGGCUCUGUGUGAAUCACAACCAGUCACAACGCCAAAGGUACAACAUGCACAGAACAAUAAAACAUUGAUACAGAAACAACAGCAUAGAAAGUCAACAGGUACAAAUGUUUUUUCUUUUUUUGUACAAAACAAACAGUCUCGGGACCUACAAACAACAUUGUAUAAGAGCUGACUAGGGUCUUUCAAAUAGCUUUUUUCACUUCCCUGGAAACAGUGUACUUUACAAAGACUGAUGGCUUAGGCAAGGUUGGGGUCAAUUCCACUAAGAGCUUAAAACAUUGAAAAAAUAUAGAUUAUGUUUUAGUUUGUACUAAGUUUUUAUUUACUUCAUGCUCUAAUACUGGUUCCUUUUACAGCGAAAUGUGUUAUUUGUGUUUUACUUUAUCAAGGCAUUCUGAAUAGACCCCAACCCUGUAAUACAGUGUUAGAUUCAGUAAAUUGGGCUACUUGCUAAAGCAGUGGUUCUCACUGGGUUUUAGAAACUACCACAUGUCCUUGAAAGGGGUCCUAUGGGGUUCUAACCAAAAAACCGACUUGAACCUUUUCACAAAUUUAGCAGCUAGAGCGACAACCAAGUUCUAUUGUAAGUUAACUUACGUAAACUAAAUGCAUUCACUGUACAGUUCGGAGUCUUGUUAUGGAAACGUUAAUGAAUCUGUGCUCUUUUUCUUAGUUUGUAUCAAUAAAUGAGAAAUAAAGUAACUUGAUUGUGUUUUCUUCAUCAAGAAUAAUGGCUUAGUUUGAAUUUCUCCGUAGUGAUAUCAGUGAAAUAAAAAUCCCUUUUAGAUUAAAAUAAAAACAAGGAUGAACAUAAGAAAAUACAUUUAAAGAAUGACCAAAUCAAUAUGUUCUUGUAUUAUGGUGGUAUUAUGUCACAGUAUCGCAGUCUAGGUAUGAAAUCACAACAUCAUGCUUGAUGUUUCUUUUGCACUUGUCUAAAAAAGUAAGAGUAUCGAUACUAGUGUAAGGAUUUAAACACUUGCUUUGUGUCGAUGCACAUGGGUGCGCUAUUGUGUAAUAUCUUCCCAUAAUACAUCUCAGUUCUCCACAAUAGUGCUUGCUAUCUAUUUAUGAAAUAUUGAUUGUCAUCAUUGUUUAGAGAUAUUUCAGUGAAACAUGGUCCCUGACUGCCAUAAUAGAAAACCUAAAUGAUGCGACAGGUGCUCAUAUGAUUCUUCAUGAGAGGUUAUAUGAUCUGAAUGCCCUUUAUCGUAGCGUUGAAAAUGAAACUUAAUCAUCCAUUUUUUGUAAUGAUGUAAUGAAAUUUAGGUGAGACUGGGUUACAGAUAUUUGCAUGCAUUGGCCUUGACUUUCAUAAGAUAAAGACACAUAUCUAAUGGAGCUUACAUGAAGCGGGUCGGUACUCCAAAUGUGUGUUAAGACUGGUUUUGUCUAACCAAAAUGAAAUAUAAUAAACUAAGCUUGCAUUUAACGUGAUUUCAUAUAAUUGAAGUUGCCACUUCCACCUUGCAAUGGGAUAUGGAGAAUUAUACACAUUUAUUGUGAAAAGACAUAAUGUACAAAUAUAAUCAACGGAGCAGCCAUUCACAACAAGUUUUUAGGGAGACAUUCAAAACUGAUUCACUCUGAAUUUCACCGAAGGCCAUCUGGAAAGUGUUAGAUAGCUGCAGUCAAUUGUUUUGCCAUACGCCUUUUACUCAAAUCAAAUCCUUUCAUUUGAUAACACCAUUUUGCAGACAAUCAAUUUUAUCUUUCAAAAAUAUUUUCGAGUGCCAUUGUUUUCCUUUUGGUGAUCUUAACUUCUAAAAUAAACAGAUACUGUAGUUUGUGGGCAACAAAGGACAAUGACAAUAAAUUAUAAGAAAAUGAAUUAAACAAAUAUUUUGUAUCAUACAUAGUGUAUGCAGCUGCAUUACAUGAAUUUAUCACCAGCUCAAACCAUCAAUCCUUGACUAAUUAUAUGAAAAAUAAGAUCGAUAAAAUGCUCUUCGCAUCAGUCGCUUCUCAGCUUUAAAUGAGGCUUCACUCCCUAUAAAAUCAAAUGUGUGAGUAAUAUGAUUAAGGUAUAACCUGUGUUACUGCUGUAUGUAAGAGUAAGAACUGCAGAUAGAAUAUUUAGAGAAAAGAAGCAGGAUUCCCCCAACAUGCAUUCAUUCACAAACAUACUGCUCUAAACACACACACA